AGCGGCGGCUUUAAAGGCUGCAACCCCGCCCAUGCGCGCUAUCACAAGAACGUGGAUGUGCACGCGCACAGAAAAGUUUGGGCUUCUCGCCGCGAUUUUGCUCCACGCACUUUGUUCCACUUCACGCUGCGUGGAUUUCGUCUUCGAGGGGUGGAGGGAUUCGUUCGGCGGAGGUUGUUUUUUUUUUGUUUUGUUUUUGUGGUUGCGUCCUGAAGAGUGGAUUUUGACGAAAGGAGUGGGGGGGAGACGGACCGCCUGUGUGAAGGCCCCCACAUGGACGCGCAUCGCGGUGGCGGCGGCGGCGGCGCGCCUCCGGCCGGCCAGCAAGUGGUGCACGUCCGCGGUGACUCCCAAAGCGAGCUGGAGGCCCUCUUCAGCGCCGUCAUGAACCCGACCAAGGCCGCCCAGCAGCCCGCCUCGCUCCCCAUGAGGAUGCGAAAGCUGCCCGACUCCUUCUUCAAACCGCCGGACCCUCGCACGCACUCCAGACAGGCGAGUUCGGACGGCGGCGUGUGCGCGUCCCUCACGCCUCACCACGUUCGCGCCCAUUCCUCGCCGGCCUCGCUGCCCGUAAACCUCCCCGACGCGGCGGCCGCUCCGCCCGUCGUCCCUGACGACGUGCCGCUCCCGCACGGAUGGGAGAUGGCCAAGACCCCUACUGGACAACGAUACUUCCUCAACCACGUGGACAAGACCACCACCUGGCACGACCCCCGCCUGGCGCAGCUCCAGUCGGCCGCCCCGCCGCACCCCGGCCCGUCCCCCGCCCACACCCACUCCCUCAGCAACCCGGCCACGGCCACCAAGCCGCCCGGCUGCAAUCCAGACGCAGGUGGGCUGCCCGAAGGCUGGGAGCGGGCCGCCACCGCCGAAGGGGAGGUGUACUACAUCGAUCACGUAAAUAAGAGCACCACGUGGCUCCACCCGCGUCUAGGCCUGCUGAGCUUGGCCAUGCAGCAGCGGAAGGAGAAAGAGCGACUGCGAUCCAAGCAGCACAUGCAGCUCAAGACGCAGGAAACAAACCGAGGAGGCAGGAACCAGAUAUCGGCUGCGUUGGACCAUGAUCGGAACACGCUUCUCCAGUCUGUGGAUGUCAGGAUCCGAGCUCCCACCCAUGAAUCGGCGCUCAACGGUGGAGCUCACUCCCGCAACGAGAGCACCGACAGCGGCCUGAGCGUCAGCAGCCUGCCGCGCUCGUCUGACCUGACUCUGGCCUCUGUGGACCACAUGGACACUGGGGAGUGCGGCGAGUCGUCGACUCUACAGGAUUCGAUGCCCGCGAUGAGCGAAGGUGAGGAGUUGAUGCCGUGCAUCCCUGAGGGUCUGAGUUCAGACCUCCUGAUGGACAUGGAGACGGUCCUGUCCGGCUCACACAUGGACAGGGACAGCCUGCUCACCUGGCUAUAGAGACGCCGUUUUGUGUCUGCAUUAAGGACACUUAAUGCUAACGUGAGAGAGACUUCAUUUACCCAGACGUGACUGAUGCCCCACACUACCCUCUUUCACCCCCGUUGAAAUAAUCUUACCUCGGGUGAUAAAAUGCUGGAAUUCCACCUUUUGGGCGGCUUCUGACAGAAUCCACGUGGUAAAGACGCGUAUCUCAGGACACACUAGGCCAGGGGUGUCAAACUCAUUUUUGUCGUGGGCCACAUUGUACUUACGGUUUCCCCCAGAGGAGAGAGUUAUGACCGAAACCAUAAAAACCAUUUCUGAAGUAGUUUUGGAAUCAGAAAUCAAGGUUUAAUGUGUUUUUCAACUACUGUUGAUGUUUUGGUAAGUCAAAAACGCUUGCAAUAUCUCCAUGUUAUUGUUUACGAUAUGACAAUUUUAAAUUUUUGUACAGAUUUUAACAAGAAUUCUGGAAGUUGACACUAGUGAUUCGCCUUCGCGGGCAUCAUAACAGCAUGUAGCGGGCCGCAUCUGGCCCCCGGACCUUGAUUUUUUUUUUUUUUUUUUUUUUUUACACCUGUGCACUCUGCCAUUUCUUCACGAUUAAGCCACCUUGCUCAUUGGAAAUCAAUAGAACGAUAAAUAAUUCACAAGGGGGAAAAAAAAAAUCCAGCGCACGCUUGACCACACACUGUAUGUGUUAUGGAUGUCAUAAUUAAUGCAACUCCCACCGAUUUUAAAAAAAAAAAAAAAAAAAAAAAAAUACAAAAUCCAGAGCCCACAAGCACAUAGAGGUCUUAUCACAAAUGUGAUGGCUUCCCUGGCCAUUUAUUAAUAACCAACAACAUGUACAGCAUAAAUCAACAGAUUGACAUUACAAAUAAACAGAACACCUAAAAUUAUCCAGAAAAUACAAUCGAAAAUCUUCAGCGCACAGGGUCUCUAAAUAUAUAUCGUGAUUUAUAGAUGAUGGCUCCUCCUACCAAUUACGACUACUGUUGCAGGCAAGCGUUGUUCCCAACUUGCCGCUGUGUAAAAUAGAAAAAAGAAAUUUUUAAAAAUAAUCCAUGUAGUCAAUGCUAUGUAAUGCAAUGGUUCCUCUCGCCAGUUAUUCAUCAUAACAACCACAUUGCACAGUAGAAAUGAAAGAAAACUGCCACAAAGUCAACAGCGUCCAUAACUGCCACUUUGCACAAUACAAAGGAAAAGAAAUCUUAAAAAUAAUCCAUGGUCACCCCAAAAAAAAAAAACAAUCUCAAUGAAGGGAAGGUGUUAAAGCUUUAACCAAGUGAAGUAAUUGUACACAUCUGACAUCAAAUGUUGAUUUAUCGUGGGUUCUCAUACCGAGAGCUGUUCCUAAAAAUUUGCUCAUCCGAGGCAGUAACGCCAGCGGAUCAAAAUAUUAGGAAUGGCCGUGGAAAUGAAUGCACUGAGUGGAGAAGCCGUUUCUAAUAUUGUGGUUUGAGGCUUUCGGCGCCAGGUUGCCAUUUUCAAGCUGCUCUUACUCUUAAAGGUACAGUUCAACUUUUUUUUUUAUCUUGGCAAUAAACAAUAAAUGAAGACUUUAAAGGCCGCUUAAAGGAACAACGUACUAAUUGUAGAUGCUGCGGGGUGUUUGUUAUGAUUUUAUGUGUAUCGCUCAUACCCCCUCAGUAUGUAGCCCCGACACACAAUCUUAUUUAUCUGAGGAUGAUGCAUGACACUCCCUGUAUGGUAUAUGAAUAUACAGUAUAUAUGUAAUCAUAAAUCAUGUGUAUGAUUAUUGAUUUAGUUUUGUACCUUUUUUUUAAUGCAUGUGCUUUAUAUAUAAUUUGUUUUGCUCUCACUAAUCAUUUGAAACGCAUAAUAAAAAUUGAAUACAAAC